CGAUGAUUUGUUCGACAUUCAAUGACCCAACUGCAGUAUGAUUUGGCUAGGGCUCAGUGGAAUUUCACUGGCCCUACAAUAUGAUUUACACUAGCUUGUCGAAAAGAUACCUGCCCCCAAUAAUUGUUUACUCACAUUCAAAAUCUGAUCGAUUUAACCACGUUUCCACUAUUAUUUAUUCUGCAACUUGAUUGCUUGAAAAUGUUUUAUCUCACUCUAUUCCACUCUUGUCAUCUGGUUAUUCCGAUCGAAGAUAAGUUUGAAAAUGGGCUCAGAAAAUUGUUUGUCUAUUCUACUUUUUGUUUGUGUAGUUAAUGUAACUAAUAUGUCAGAUGAGUGCGAAAAAAACGUCUUUCAUGAAGAUUUAUUUGGAAGUGCUUUUGUAGACCAGAAUGAAUCUGCAGGAAGUGAUUCUGAUGGCAUCAGCGAUAGCGUUGUGGGGAAUGUGAGUAAAUUACUAGUUAUACCUAAUGGAUACACUGGAAAAUUACGAAAAGGCCAUCUAAUCUUCGACGCAUGUUUCGAAAGUGGAAAUCUUGGAAAGGUUGUGUACGUCAGUGAAUACGAGUAUGAUUUAUUUAUACGUCCGGAUACAUGUAAUGCACGAUUCAGAGUAUGGUUUAAUUUCACAGUGGAAAACACUAAAUAUGAACAGAGAGUAAUUUUCAAUGUGGUAAAUUUUAGCAAGACAAAGUCUUUAUAUCGAGAAGGUAUGUCCCCAGUUGUUAAAUCGUCUAGCCGUCCUUCCUGGUCUCGCAUUCCACAAAAAUGUGUUUUCUACUACCGAUCCCCUGAACAAAAGAAAAAAUACGUUAUGUCUUUCGCAUUUUCUUUUGAUUGUGAAGAGGACGUCUAUCAAUUCGCGUACUGUUAUCCGUAUACUUACAGCAGACUACAGACGUACUUAGAGAUACUAGAAACUAAACAUUAUGCCCAUUUCAAGAGAGAACUUUUGGGCCUAACAGUACAACAAAGACGUCUAGAUCUUAUAACAAUUACUCAUCCUAGUAAUCUCAAUAAAACGGCUGACAAGAAACGUGUGAUAUUUGUGACCGCUCGUGUUCAUCCUGGUGAAACACCAUCAUCUUAUGUUUGCCAAGGAUUUAUUGAUUUCAUGGUUAGUAAUCAUUCGAUAGCUCAACAAUUACGUGAACAUUUAAUUUUUAAAAUUGUUCCAAUGUUAAAUCCAGAUGGUGUUUAUUUGGGAAAUUAUAGGUAAGUUCUGUUUUGUUUGCCGCAUUACUAACAAUAUCUUGUCCGAUUUCAUCUCACUCUAGUAAUACACUUUACAGUAAGUUUGUUGAUAGUAGAUAUUUUAACUUCUAGCAAAAUAAUUCUGUUCUGUUUAGUUUUACAAUAAUUAAAUUUUGCUUACUUUUCAAAUGUCUUUUUGUAAAACUUUCUUGCAACUAAUUAGAUAAACACAAAAUAGAUUAACUCUAGUUAAGUAUUUAUUACCUAGAUAUGAUAAGAAUCAGCAAAAAAACUGGAAAAAGGUCAACAUUGAAGGCGAGAGGCAUUUUUUGAGUGGAGUCAAAAUAAAAACCUCAACAAUACUAAUGAAGCAAGGAGAAAAUAAACUGAUAUAAGUUUUGUAUAAUCCACAUAAUAACGAUAUUUUCUAGAAAUGUCGAAUUAGGUAUGAAAAUAUCUAAUCAUUAGAGUACUUAUUAGUCAAAUGCAUUAAUUACGAAUAAAUAUUUUUUCCUUAUAGUCCUAAAACUGAAAGUAAACUUAAGUGAAACAACCAUCUAUGUUUCAACUUCUUGUUACAGCUGAAUUUUUGGUUAAAGAUACACUUUAAAAGUAGGUGGGUGUUUUAGAGAGUUUUGUUUAUUUAGAAGAAAAUCCAAAUCACAAACAAGCAUCGUUUCAAGGAUUACUUAAAGUCAAGGAGCAUUAUCAACCUCAUCAGCCCUAGAUUUUUAAGGGUGGGGGUGCUCACUACCGUGCAUCUACAACCCAAUAUAAACUUGAAAUUGGGUUUCAUAAUUAUUAUUGCUUUACCACGGAGUCGAUAAGUUGGAAGCAAGUGAUAUGAAUAUUCAGGUCCAGUAAAUCAAUGGUAUAUUUCUUCGUGGUUCCUAUUCAAUGUCAUUGUUGAGUAACUGUUUCAUCUCUGACUUGUUUGACUCUGAAUGGUCCUAGCUUGUAAUGAGAAAAAGUACUCCUGAAGAUUGAUUUAUUCCAUGGUAAAGGUGAAGAGGAAUUUAUGACAAACUCGUUAAUAGUGGAUACGUAUUCGAUUCAGCACCAAACUUACCAUAGUAUUUCUUCAAUGUAAUUUAUAAACAAAUUACAAAUAUAUAUAUAUAUAUAUAUAUAUAUAUAUAUAUAUAUAUAUAUAUGUUUUAGAAAAAGAAUCAGUGCAACAAUGAGUGGAAUACGUAAGGUUAUGUUAAAUUAGAGCAAUAAGGUAAAAUGUUGAAGUUUUUAGUAAAAAUCUAAGUUGUAUGGCUAUAUCGCACCGUGAUACUUUUUAUUCACAUUUGCCAACGUUUACAAAUAUUAAAUUUGUACUACAAUGAAGCUUUAUUAACGAAUUUACAAAUGUAGACCUAUAGUUAAUGAAUUUACAGUCUAUAAUCGUAAUCAAGGUUAUUUUGAUGUCCUGAAAUUAUUUGUUAACUGUAAGUUGAAUCAUUGUUCAUAAUAUUCAUUAAAGCAAAUGUCUAAUUUUAGUAACGAUUAAUGAUAGUUGCAUGUGGUUCACAUUUUAAUUUUAGUCUCCUUUUUCUGUAUGCUACAACAACUAUAAAAUGUGUGCCAUACUCCACCACUGUAGACCAAUAUGAUAAAUAAUGACAAUAAAAACGUCUUAAAAGGGUUUUUUUCUUAGCCUAAGAAACAGUUUAAUUCUCGAUAUCUUUAGAUCAUCUUUAAUGGGAUUCGAUUUAAAUAGACAAUGGCAGUCUCCAUCCUUAUGGGCACAUCCUACUAUUUAUGCUACAAAACAAUUGUUAAUGAAUUUGGACAAUAAUCCAGUAAGUUAUAAACUUUUUAGAAACUUUUGUACUUGCAACGAGGCUAAAGUUAGUUCAUUUUCCGUUUGUUACAUAUGCAAUAACAAGAAACUUAGACUCAAGGUUUUCUAUUAAUUUCUUUCAUCCAUUUUAAACAAAAUAAAAUGAAGUCGAUUUUCGAUUGAUUUUCUUCAUGGGCUAGCAUCACCUGGGGAAUCAUUGAAAAGUAGAAAAAGCUAGACAUUUGUUUUGUUAUACUUUAGUACUUCUCAGCAGUGUUCACCUUUGACCCUAUAUAGGUUGUAACUAUUGUCCUUUGGGUUUAUUACCCCGUGGUUUUAAAUCGUUUCUCAGCUGAUAUUGGCAUGUGAUGAAAAUGUAUUUUAUAUGAAAAGAUUACUAGUUCAUAGUUCUGUGUUUGAAUUUAUCUUAACCUUUACCUAGUUCAUCGAUGUGAAUUUCUUCAUUGAUAUACAUGCACACUCGACACUAAUGAAUGGAUUUAUGUAUGGAAAUAUAUAUGAGGAUGAAAAACGAGCAGAAAGGCAAGCUAGAUUUCCAAGUUUGUUAAGUCAGUUUGCUGAAGACUUUAGUUUACCACAGACAAAUUUCAAUAAAGAUACUUUAAAAGCUGGAACUGGUCGACGCACAUUGGGUGGUAUUCUGGACGAUCACACUAUUUGUUAUACAUUAGAAGUUUCAUUUUACAGUUACACAAAUAUGUUAACCAAUGAAAUGAUUCCGUAUACUGAAGAAAAGUAUGCUCGACUAGGCAGAAAUUUAGCUAGAACAUUUUAUGAAUAUUAUUCAAAUGAAGGUACUUUAUGUAACAUGUCGUCGUCAUCUAGAGUUGAUUCAAUUCAUUCACCUGGUAAUAUUUCGAUAUCAAGCUAUUCCUUACAUAAUAAUCAUAAUUUAUCAAAUGUCAAUUUAGAGGAUGACCACAGUCAACAUCAUCACAGUAAUGAUGUAAAGAAUUAUGGAAUAAAUAAAGAAUCAAUCGUCCAACCCACGUCAUCUAAAGACUGUUUAGAAGAUAGACUAAAAUAUAAUUAUGAUCAGUUAAAAAGAUUAAAUCAGACAUUGAAUUCCUUAAGCUGUUGUACAAUAUCAGAUUCAUUCUCAGCAAAUGCACAUUCAUUGAGAUCAACAUCAAAAGAUAAGAGCUGAACAAUAAGUAAGCUAGUUAUUCAAAAAAUUAAAAGUGCUAACCCAUUUGUGUAAAUCCAUUUAAUUACGUUCUUUAUAAGGCUGGUGAUUAAAUUUCUUUUAACAAUAGCUAACAGCCUUGUAUGGGCAUUUCAUUGAAAUCAAACUAUAUUCAGUUAAAAGAAAAAAUGACAUCAUUUUAUCGGUGAUUAGGAUUAUGGAAAAACGCCAUAAAACUAUUGUGAGAUUUGUAUAGUUUACAUCAUGGAAUGACUUUAAGUAUACAAUCAAUAAAACCUAGGAAACACUGGAUAAGUGUCUCAUCCUGUUAUUGAACUGCUCAACAGCGCACAUCCACAACCUCGUCAAGGAUUGAAUGUAUGACCUGAAGGCCUCAUGACGAGUGCUUAGUCUUUUAUUGUCAUUGAAUAUUCUACAGUAAAUAAAAAAAACUAGAUUAAGUUAACGUCUUACUUUUAGAAGAAUAAAACCAGUAAGAAGUUGUCAGUAUUGAGCACAAACAAGUGUCCAUUUCAAUGAGGCCGAAAGAAAUAAAAAACCACGUCAACCAACAAAGCUACUUAAUUCACCAACCGAAUGCAAAAAAGGAAUUAAACAUUAAAAUGUUAGUUACUCAUAAGUAGUAUGGUUUUAUCUUGUAAAUCUCAACAAUGUCGUGUCAAUACAACACAGUGAACAGAAUUAGAAUACACGUUGUUUUGCCAUUUUCCAUUUACUACUAGUUUGGAACUAAAUAAUUAUGUACAUAAUAUCAUAAAGUUUUAUAUUGAUCGUAUUCUGUUGAUUUUGAAGUUAUGGUUUAAUGUUGUUGAUAUUCGACUCUUGAUAACUUGUGUUGCUAUUCAGUUAAAUUACUUUGAUAACAUCAAAAAAGCUGUACUAUAAACUUAGAAAAAUAAAUACGAUGUGAUCCUCAGUAUGUUGUCAACACCUAUACAUAUUUAGCAGCUUCAUUGAUUUUUCGGAUGAUUAAUCAAACUGGAAAAUUUAUUGACUGACUAGAGGAAUAUUUAAAUCUACCAGAAUUACAUCGUCCAUCCUCUGUGUUAUAUGACAAAAUCGCAAAAUUAGGAUAAAUGAUCUAGAAUUACAUUAACUGGUCGUUGGAUAUUAGACAAUAUCAAUCGAACAUGAAUCCUGAUCGCUAUACAAAAUUCUUGAUAUUGAAGCUCGCUUUGUUUAUUGUUAAACAAUAGGAAAAACUCUGGACUUGCUUCUUGCCGAUUGCCUUCAAUCACCUGACAUCCAAUUCUAAGUUGAUUAAUUUUAUAAAAAUAGUGAGCGAAACAUACCAACUAAAUAAUAAGCCUUAAUAAAUUUUAAAAUUUGGAAAGCUCGAGUGAAGGUUAAUCCGAAAUGGAAAUUUUCCAUUACAUUCACAACAAAUACUGUGUACAUCAGAUAUUUAAAUUUUAAAAAAUAAAAUGAUUAAAGCAUCUUUUUAUUUUUGUCUUUUUGGCUUUGCUUUAAAUGUCUUUUUUUAUUCCGUAGCCUAAUAAAUUGUCUAUGAUGGGGAAAUGUAACAUAAUAAGUACACAGCGAUGCCGAAAAUUACUUCUUCACUUACUUCAGAAUUAAAAAUAGAUCAAAUGUUUAAUCAAUAUUUUUCGCACUACUGGUUUAUAAUGUAUUUGGUUUUUUUUGUACAUGUGUUUUAUUCUUUCCUUUUAUUUCUCUUUUUCUAGUAAAAUAACGAUAAUAAAUAAUAAGAAUGAAUAUUUUGCUGUACACUUCACUGUACUAUAGUCUAUUUACUGAAUUGUAAAUAUGCUGAUUGAACAACUGUGCUGUUAAUAGAUCUAUUUUAAGAAAAUGUACAGUUUAAUUUAAUGCUGAUUUAAGGUUCAUAUAAAUGCCUGUGUUGUUGUAGAGUUCUUUGAGAUAAACGGUUUAUCUAUUGAGUUUUCAUUGUUAUUCUUGAUAAUAUGAUUGACGCCUACUUUAUAUAGAAGUGAGCAUUUUUAGUUAUUCACUAUGUAUUGAAUUAGAUCGUUCUAAUAGUCUUGUUUGUAUUCCCAGGGUUUGUUGACUUCGUUUGUCCUUAUAUUUUUAUUGACUGUCCUGUUCCGUUGAUCCCAGACGCGCUUGUGUAACAAUUGAAGCAAAGCUUUAUAAACAGCAGUUUUAGUGUCACAGAUCUGAAAGUUCUUUACGUAAGAAAGUUAUUGUGAUCAUAACAAUAGCCUUAAGUUAUUCCCUAAAUAAUCGUCUUCCACACAAAAAAAUAUUAAUGAUCUAACUUCAGCAGAACAUUUAUUAUAAUAGCUACAUCUCUCAUUACAGGGACAUAAAGUAUUCUGUCCCAAAUAUGUUCGCUAUCCUACUGUUUAAAAUGUAACGUGUGAAAUAUAUUUUUUAUCAAUCGCUACUUGUUUUUAAUAGUUCUCAUUUAUUUAUUUCAUAAAAUUCAAAAUUACUCUAAAAAAAUGUGAGCUAUAUAAUUCAUAAAUUCUACAAUACAUUUCUAUAUUUAUAUUCAUGGAUGAUUCCAUUCCUAGACUAUAUGUCGUUUCGAUUAAUCUUUUCUGCACUUCGUUCACAAAUUCAUUGUAUUGACCAUUUGUAGUACAUAUAAGCGAACGGUAUUGUUUUCAAUUAG